ACUGGCUGGCGGGCGCCGCAGAGGAGGGCGUUGCUGUGAGCUUGGCCGUCCCUUCCUCGUCCCCGCCAUCCCAUGGCUCCCCCGCAGGGAUGAUCAAGGAAGCGGCCACUCCCCCUUCGUCCCCAUCCAUGGGAAGCGUCGCCGUCCAGGGGAGCCCCGGCAUGUCACAUGGCGUGGACGCCAUCGGGCUGCAGGUGGACUACUGGCUGGCGUCGCUGGCCGAGAAGAGGCGAGAAGGAGAGCGGCGCUACACGGCCUGCAAGAACACGCUGAAGAGUGCCUUUCGCUCACUGCAGGUCAGCAGGCUGCCGAGUGGGGGCGCCGGCGGUGGAGGCGAGCCUCACGGCAUUCAAUUCAGUACAAUGGCCAUGACGGUGGUGACCAAGGAAAAGAACAAGAAAGUGGCCACCAUCUUCCUGGGAAAGAAACCCAAAGAGAAGGAGGUGGACUCUAAGAGUCAGGUGAUCGAAGGCAUCAGUCGCCUCAUCUGCUCGGCCAAGCAGCAGCAGACCAUCCUAAAAGUGUCUGUCGACGGUGUCGAGUGGAAUGACGUCAAGUUCUUCCAGUUGGCCGCCCAGUGGCCUACUCACGUCAAAUACCUUCCUGUCGGACUUUUCGGUUACAACAAGCCCCCCUCCUAGAUGGCAGCGGUUGUCCAGUGGGCACCUUGGCUUGACCUUUGCCCCUCCUACACAUGCACACACGUUGCGCUUUAUGCAAUCCAGACGAACCGUCACAUUCCUUAUGCUUUCCCUUAUCACAACCGGGACCCUUAUUGUGAGAUUUUAAGUACUACAGUGUUCCCCCGCUAAUGUGUGAGUUGACAACGCCCCAAAAAGCUUUAUAAUUGCUUACUGAUGCCACAAGAUGGUGGCAAAGCACUACUUUUCUGUUAUGGACUAACUAAAUGAAGAUGGGAUAAGUAUUUUAAAUAACAUGUUUAAAAGAA